CGCACCGAGCACUCGUCUCGUCAGCUCAUUCCGCGCUCGCGAGCCUUCCGCGACACACGUACGUGCUGUUCUCGCUCCCGUCGCCACCCUCGACAACAACGCGCAGUCACAUCGCCUUCAACUGUGUAGUGCUACCAAACUUUUUGGUGACUUAGUGCUUUCGGACUUAACUAUUGUUGAAUAAAAAUCUGUGUGAACUCGAACGGAAUAGUGCAAUGCGAAGAUUGCGGUCCGGCGGGAAGGCGAUUCUUUGAGCGACCGAAAGGGUUGGGGAGUGCGGGGUGCGAAGCGGGCGGAGGGCGGCGCGAAGCCGCGCACGCGCCCGCUGCUGGACCGCGGCGAGGUUCUAACACACGCGUUUAUACCGGCGCGCGAGAUGGACGACAAGCCGUCCGCCGUCGGCGGCGAGGAACAUUACAGUCUCCGGUGGAACAACCACCAGGCUCACCUGCUCCGCUCCUUCGAAGCCUUACUGCAUGCUGAGACACUAGUGGACGUGACACUGGUGUGUGCCGAGCGCCGCGUACGCGCGCACAAGGUGCUGUUGGGCGCUUGCAGCCCACUAUUUCGCAGAAUAUUUAGCGAAAAUCCGUGCAAACACCCAGUGAUCGUGUUGAAAGACUUCCAAGGAUGGGAAGUUCAAGCCGUGGUAGACUUUAUGUAUCGUGGCGAGGUGUCAGUGGCGCAGGAGCAGCUCGGGACUGUGAUACGCGCCGGAGAAUCACUCCAAGUUCGCGGUCUAGCCGACCAAGACCGCGAGGAGUCUGCCAGGUCCCCAACUGCAACUCCACUGGCACGAAGUCCAGCACAAGCGACACCACCAGCACCAUCUCCACCAGUAAGCCCGGCAAGUCCUCAGCCACGACGGAAGCAAGCCAGGCCUCGUCGUCGCUCAGGAGAAUCAGAUACACCAGAAAAUUUAUCGAUGCGUCGAUCCCCUAGUGGAGGACUGAAGGCAGUUCGCCUGUCGAGGCCUCGCUCACCACCAAAGCAAGAGCAAGAGGAGCCUGAGGCUGAAGUGCCGCCGCCACCACGUAUGUUCGCGCCACACCAGGACAUGUUUCCCCCAGUACCACCAGCUGCCGUCUCCGCGCUCUCAUUAACACCACCACACAAUUUUAUCGACCGCAAUAAAAACUGGAGGAACUUUAACGGAUUAGUGUUUGGCAUGGACACUCCGCUAGGACUCUUCCCGCCAGGGAUGGAGCACAAGAUGUACCCCAUGAUGGACGUAGAACACCGCGCGCCGCUUGAUUCACAACUAUUCACUAACGUGAAAAAGAAAUGGCGACCAAAGGGUCAACACAGCGCGCCGCGCGGUGGUCCACCUCGAUCGUGGACGAACGCCGAGCUGACGGAGGCGCUGCAGCACGUGUGGAACAAGAAGAUGACGACCAGCCAGGCCUCAAGGAUCUUUGGCAUCCCAUACAACUCGCUGCUAAUGUACGUGCGCGGGAAAUACGGGAAAAGCCUAAAGUUGGAGCAGCUCAGGAAAGACUGUAUUGGCGGCCCCCUCGACGUAUUAAAUCUUAACUCCGGAAACAACAACAACAACCAGCCUUCGGGAAAACAUCACGACAAAGACGACCACUCACAACGACCAGCGAGCUCCGAGCCAGACAUCGCCUCAAAUCCAAUGUUCAAUCCAUUCCAGCAAGGGUUCUACCCGGAGUUCGCUCCAGGUUUCCCGAUGCCACUCAACAUGCUACAUCUACUCCCGCCUAAUGAUAAGGCGAGGGAACUAUAUCAGUCGAUGCCGAUGGCUCUGGACUCGCUGUCAGGAGUUACGAAGGAGGAAGACUGUAAGAGUGAUAGGUCGAAGGAGAACUCCGCCGACGAAGAGGGCGAGUCGUACCGCGCGCCCUCGCACCCGCCGCAUCCACCCGACAACCGCACACUGCUGCAUCACAACGGCCAGGACUAAGUCCAGCACACCAUGUCUACAAUAUGCACUGUACCUUCAACUGUUACUGUCAGACAAGCGGUCGAGUAUAUCUACGAGCAGCUAGACGUCUCAGGGACACGCUUCUAGUAUCUUGUCAUGUUGACGGACUAAAACUGGAAUUUAGUUAGUGUAUUAAUAAGUCUCGUAACGAAUCUUAAGUACGUGUUUUAGAAAUUAAUUUUAUAUCUUGUGGUCGAUCACAAGCCACAGAACUCAAAGUUAAUGUGCUUAGUGGUACUAUAGUGAAACUUUAACAUCUUUAAUGUCGACCAGCCAAAUGGCGAGGCGACACGUUAUUUAAAAUUGGUGUAAGUCGUAGGAAUGUGAGCAAUGGGUUUACUGACGUUUCUCAUGUUCCUACGACGUCAAUUGUUUAUUGUUAUUACUUUUGUAGAGGUAUCACUCGCGAGGAACUCAAUAAGAUCUGGCGAGGCGGCCACAUAUAGUGUAAUAUUUCGAUUGGAACCUAAAACUCGCUUAAAUAACUUGACGGUAGCUGAACGCCGUGUAUUAUUAUUGCUGUUGUUUUAAUAUGCAAUUCUAAAUUGGAUUUUACUAUGAAUACACUAGAAAGGUUUCAGUUUUACGGAUAAAGUAAUUUGUAUUAGGAAGUAUUUGUGAAUCCCCGGUAUCGCGUCCGGCGACGUCCGCAUAAAUUAGUUAAAUUUAUAUUAAAAGAUGUGUUAAUAUUGUAAAUGUAUAAUAGUAUCGCGUUCUAAGUGAUAGGCGAUAAUUUAUUUUGAAGGAGUGCAAUAAGUAUGAAAGGCGUUGUGAUUGUUAUCGUUAAGACAUUCCGAAUUUCAUUAUUGUUAACACAUUCCGUUACAUUCCCUAUUUUUAGAUAGUCUACUAUAAUUUCUAACGACUUUUAUUAAGUAUAAUGCAUUGAUUUCUUCAUACAUAGUGAACCUUUGUAGAUAUAAUGCGUUAUACGUGCGAAUUCACUUCUGCAUUUCACCAAAGUUUGUAAAAUAUUUCGUAAUAAUAGUUAUAAUUCGAUGAUAAACAAUUUUUAAAUGUAAAUAGUUAUUGAUAAAAAAUUAAUGGGAUAUAAAUUUUUGAAUUAACCAAUAAAUAAGGUGGACAUUUAUAUGUGUCUAAAAUGGUAAAUAGUAGUGUAUUUGUAAUUGUUGUAGUGUUAGUGAUGUGAAUCAGUGAGCUGGGCCGGGUAGGGGACGCUGACGUCACAGAGGGCCGCGACGCACUAGUCACACACAAUCUACCCACUAAACCUUCGCAGGUAGCGUUCCAUACUCACAACGUCACAAAUCCAACAGACUUCCUAGAUACUAAAUGGCGCAAAAUAUGGACUAACGUCCAAUAUGUGAAAUUUAAUUUCAUUCAAAUUUUAUUUAUGUAAAAGAAAACUAUGAUGGUGAGACCUGCAACUAUUGUCCUGAACUCAGUUGAUUCAGCAAUGAAUGUUGCGAGUUGGAUUAUUGCAGUGUUUUUACCCGACUGUAGAAAGGGUAUUGUUUUUACAAAAGGUUUUCACCUUAAGAUUUCAACGUCGACAUAAUCAUUGUCAGCCCUGAACUUUACAACAAUCGAUCGAAAAAUUUCCACGAAAGAAAAGACAGUGCGCGCCACGAUUAGACAAAUAAUGUAUCUGCACUCAAUGUUCAAAUAAAAAGGAGCUUUCAAGAUUUUAGUAAAUAAUGAAAGUUAGAAAUAAAACGUUCAAUACUAUCUGGCUUUAGAUAAUUGUAUACAGUGAUCACUAGAGAUACCGUGUGGUUAGUUAGAGUACAUCAUUUUACCUGUUGUAAAUAUUAUUUGUAUUAUAACGAAACUGUAUCUGUUUAUAUCGUUUCAACACGCUACACACAAACCUAACAGUAUUUACGUUCAAUGACAAUUCGAUUACUUUCAACUAUAUCGUUCCCGCGUGUUUUACACGGAAUUAUCAAUAUUUUCAUCCAUUCAAUUAACUAUAGUCGACGGAACAUGAAAUCUCAACAGAAGACUGAACACUAUUUACGAUUCUAUUUUAUAAAAAAUAUUGUACAUUUCACAUAACAGUACAGCAACAAUGGAAUCCUCAUACCUUACAUACAUACUUACACAUAGUAGUUACACAUAGUGUCACUUCAUAAUAACAAUAUUAUCAUUACAGGGAUUUUAUAUAUUAAACAAUUAAAUAUGAUUAAAAUAUUGUAAUAGUUUUAACAGAUUUUAUAUUGCUUUUUUCUCAUUCCGUUUACGCUGGCAACAUUGAAGAACGCAAAUACCGCGCACUUUUGUAUUUAAAUAUAACGGAUUCACGUGUAGAUAAUAUAGUAAGGUCAUGUAUUGAAUAAAUAUAAAACAAUUGUCUGUAUGAAACGUAAAUACAUGUGCCAAAAGUUGUAUGGAAAUAAUUUGAUGAGGAGCCCGCGUUGGCGUUAAUUUAUGAAGAGAUCCCUCACUUAGUUUGUGUUGUGACUUGUGACCAUAGAUUACGUUCAAUAUUUACCUAAUUCGUACAAAUUCAGCAGUAUUAGAGUGAUUUUGUUAAAGUUAUAAUUGAGAAGUUUUUUUGUAAUUAAUUAAGUUUUUGUUAUUUGUUAAUGUGUACGUCCUGCAAUUGAGGAAAUGGUUAUGAUGAAGAAAAUGUUUACAAAGUCCAAGCGGAAUAAGUUUCGUGUGUCUUAUUGUCUACCUAUAUCUGUAUAUAUUGUGGGUCUAUGGUUUAUUUUAUCGCUAUUACACUUCGUGUAUAGUAAUUUCUGUUUUAAUCUCGAACUAUCUCCGCCACUAGACAUGUUCUUAAAACUACGUUCAGCUUUUCAGCACUGUUCUCAUUAAGCAUAGGUGACAUCAGGAGCCAAAUGUAAUAUCGUAAUGAAUUAAUAGAUAAUAUAUUGUAUGACAUGGAGUACUUAUUUUUAGUUAUAAAAUGUGAUUGUAAUAAUUUUAGUGAAAAUUCAAAAUGUUCAGUUCCUUCAAUUUUUGUUACGAGUAUUUAUAAAUUGUAAUUCAAUGAUUUUUAGCUUUUAGAUAAUUGUUCUCUCCGAUAAAGAGUAUAAUUAAUUGUAAGGUUUAUUUUUUGUAAUUUAAUUUGUUGUAUUUUGCUUAAUAUAAUGACAAAUUAAAUUAAAUGAUAUCGUUAUACAUUAGGGUGUAAAAAAGAUUAUCUAUUUGAUCUUAAAUAAAAUACGAAAAAAUAUUUAUGUUCUAGUAUCAUUCUAACGUGUAAUUGAAAUCGAGAGAUGGAGCGUUGUAGUAAAAUUCGUUUACGGUCACCGACGUAAAAUGUAAAAAAUAAAAAUACGAAA